UUAAACGUUUUUUACAACUAGUAAACUUCGAGUUUUGUAGUGCGUUUUAAAGAACAAAACAUAAUGAAAACAAUGUUUAGAAUUGUAGUAAUUUUCAUUUUAAUUUCGUAUGUUAUAUUAACUACAGUUUUUGCCGCUCCCGCGAAUUUGUACUUGCGUGGACCACACUACACUAUUAGUAACACAGAGGGUCGCAAGCAGCCGUACAUAGAGGUCCGCAAUUCAACGUACCACGGCGCAGGACCGCGAGAAGAGGCGCGUGCCAUGUGCUCAGUUAAGACCCACGAAGUCAACGCCACUGCCAACGCUACCAUCACCAGGAGAUUACAUGGUGUUGUCACCUCCAGGGAACUACACUCUUCAAUACAGCGGUUGGAGGUGAUCAUCUUCGGUCAGAUGCAGCAGGUGUGGUCGAGCCUGGACGCGCUGCGGGUGCAGCUGGCGGGCGCGGGCGCGGGCACAGCACACACGUACCCCGACCGAAGAACUGUAUCUUUCAGAUUUAAACCUAACGGAAUAUAA